AUGGAUAACGAAGAAUUUGAUCUCGAAGACGUUGCUACCCCAAUUGCGACUAUCACUACUCACAACAAAGAAACGUUGUGUUCCAUUAACCUAACUACCAACGAAAGAUGUGUAAUGUUGACUGGACUUCAAAAAAAACAUUUUGAUGAAUUAUGCAAGUUGAUGAAAUACAAAAACGGAUAUUACAGUGUAAACAGAGAAAGUGAAGUUGAAAGAACUAUUGGAAAGUUCACAGGCACAAUACCAAAUACUAAAGUAGUCACUCUUAACAAGAAAAACCAACUCACUUAUGAAGAUCUGCUACUAUUGUUACUUACUCAAUUACAUGGUGAUUACACGUAUAAAGAAUUGUUUGAAUUCUUAAACAUUGAAAUCAUUUCACCAGAUAACAACGAAAAUGAAGUGAACGAGAUUAAAAACAGAAGAAGAAGAGAAUCAAAUAUAUCUAAGUGGCUUGAUCUGGCACUCGACUUGUUUAGUGAAGCAAUGAAAACAAUAUUUAUCGACUCUGUGUUAAAAUGUGCAGAAUGUACACAAAGCUUCGAUAUUGGUAGAUCAGCUGCUUUCGGAAAAUAUAUACCAGAGUUAAAGCAUGUGUUUUUUGCAGUUGACGGUAGAGAUCAGGCAAUCAACAAUAAAAGAGUUGAACACGGAACGACAACUGUGUUGGAUAAAAAUUUUUUCAGUUUUAAACAUAAUCAUUCAGGCUUGAAGUCGGAAGUUGUCAUCAAUUAUUUCGGUAUGGUGGUCAGUAUCGUGACCGAAAUCGAAUGCAGUGUUCACGACAGUGUGUUAUUUAAAGAUUAUUAUUAUGAAAAAUGUGUCCCACGUAACAUGUUGAUAUUGGCAGAUGGUGGUUAUUCUUCUUGCCCAUCUUGUGUAAUUCCAUUUAAAAUAACCAAUGAUCUGGAGUUAACUGAAAUACAGAGGAGGCACAUUAAAAACCGUAACAAUUGUCAUUCGUCUUGUCGAAUUGAAGUCGAGAACUUAUUUGGCUGGUUAGUAACAACUUUUAAAAUGAUGCGAAAUGUGUGGAAAUUACCAUUGAACAAAUACGGAUCCUAUUCAAUUGUUGCACAUGCAGUUCUCAACUUUAUGAUAACAAAAAAUCCUAUGCGAAAUGUUCAUUUUUAUUUAUUCAACUCGUAUUUGAGAACUAGUCCCGAAAACAGAAACUUGUUUUUGGAACCGCUUCCACCCACUACAAGAAGAUGGCUGACUGCAUUUAUAGAACAAAGAGACGUAUCCGCAGUUGUUAAUGGUAAUGAAGAGUUUGUUGAUGGACGUGGAACUGCUAAUGUUGUUAAUGAAGAUUGA